AUGCAUACCGCAAAUGUGUCCCUAAUCUCGAACCUCGCCGUAUUCCAGACCAUUUGUUUGCUCCGUAACGGACUUGACUUCCAGAUAUACAAUAAACGUGUCCACGUGCUUCGAAACCUCGUCGUUGGCACCCGAGCCUCAGGCGAUACCAUCUACCCACUCCAGCUCAACCGGAUCAGCCAGCCUGCGCCUCACGCCAAGAGGUCUCCCCUACCGGAUCACCGCAGCAUGGCACCCCUGGCUCAUUUCCCUGGCGGGACAUCACUGGGACUCACUCCAAAUAUAUGCGUCUCCCCGUAA